AUGAACACACUUUUCGGUACCCUUUCUCGCACAGCUGCUCUUCGUCGUGCCCCGCUCGCCCUUCGCCGUCCAUCACAUUUCCAAAACUCUCUCCAAUUCACUGCUCGUCCUGCAGUUGUAAACCUUACCCAAGUCCACGCACGCUUCGCAGCAAGCUCCGUCUCCGGCAGACCAGGAAGUCAAACUAUCGAGCAUGCGAAGCAGAAUGUGAAAGAGGAAGUCGGGAACUCAAUGACAGACUGGGCCCGCUCGAUCGCUGGUGGCGUGUUCACGGUAGACAGCGUCAAGCCAACAAAAGACUCUUUCUUUGGUAUAACCACUGCAGUCGCCCACUCCGUACCAACCCCCUAUCUCGUCAUGGGCCUCACUGGUGGCAUCCCAUACAUCGUCUCAUCCGCGACUACCGUAUAUCUUGCGCAUCAAGCAGGUCUCGCGACCAUGGGUGUUAUCACAAACAUGGACCCUGGCGUUGCCCUUAACAUCUUAGAUCAAGCGCUCAACUUCCAAGUCCACUAUGGCGCUGUUCUUCUGUCCUUCCUUGGUGCAAUCCACUGGGGUAUGGAAUUUAGUGGUCUGGGCGGGCAUAAAGGCUACCCCCGUCUGCUCCUCGGCGUCUCUCCCGCGGUCUUGGCGUGGUCGACUAUCACUCUCCAACCUACUUUCGCCUUGCUGUGGCAGUGGGUUGGAUUCACUGCACUGUGGUAUGCCGAUAAUAAAGUCACAGCUGCCGGUUGGACACCAAAAUGGUACUCCCAAUACCGCUUCUACCUUUCUAUCCUCGUUGGCACGUGCAUCAUCGGCUCCCUUGCAGGAAUCUCCUAUUAUGGACCUGUAGCCGGCCAUGGUCUUCUCUCCCAUGACCUGAACAUGGUUCGCGCUGAGCGAAAACUUAUCGAGCCUGAGCAUGCGGGCCAUGUCGGUGGGGACGUCGAAGCUGUUUCAGGUGACGAGUCGAGCGACACAUAUGUUGUCAUCCGCCGGAAGAACAAGAAUGGAAAUGGUGACAAUGGAGCUAACGGAGAGGCGCACGCUCAACAGUGAUAUAUGACCCAUGAGAUUGUAUAUCUGUACGUGUAUCAUACCUCUCGUUGUACUAUCACUCCAAGAUAAAUGUUUCUUCGAUAUCUGAUCGAAAUGGUGCACUGCUGCCAAUUAGAUGAUUGGCGAGACGCGAAAAGGGGGGACGGACUUGGUUGUGCAGUACUAUUACCAAAAAUUUCCAAGUCUAACGUUUCCUAAUUGAACAUCAUAUAUGCAAACAGCUGUAAAUACUCAAGGUACUCAACAGUUGAUGUUUGUGAGUCAUACACCUGUGUCAAAUGGGCAGAUAUUAUAUAGCAACUGACGGAUCUGUUAUUCGGGGAUUUCAUCCCUUCCUGUUUUAUGACUCCCAAGUUGUGACAACUUGGAGAACUGAAACAGGAGACAG